AGGGCGAUGCCAUGUGCCUGGGGGUCCCGUGUCCCCCUCCUCGUGCUGCUGCUCCUGCUGGUGCCCCACUCAUCCCGCGCCCCCGUUCCCUCCGGUUGCCACGUCCCUUCCGCUGGACGAGCCUCCUGCCGGGGCCAGAACCUGAUUCGGGUCCCUCCGGACCUCCCGGAAACACUGGAAGCCUUGGACUUGUCCUACAACAAGAUCCGGCGCAUCUCCGCCGGGGAUUUCGCGGCCUUGACCCGCCUCAAGAGCCUCGAUUUGCGCUACAACGACCUCUCGUACGUUGACGAUGACGCCUUCGCAUCCAACUUGUUGUUGGAGCAGUUGGACCUCUUCAACAACUCGUUGCUGACGAUCCCGUCCAAUGCGCUGAAGGACCUCAAGAGGCUGAAGGUCUUGUCCAUGUCCAACAACUUGUAUCCCCGCUCGGCGUUGGACGGGGUCUUUGGCGGCUUGAAGGACCUGGAGGAGCUUUCCAUGGGGGGUCCGGCCAUCUUGACGGUUGGCAGCGAGGAUUUCCAACCGUUGGCGGACAUCCCGUUGAAGAAAUUCGCCUUGAAGACGGCCUCGAGCUUGACCGAGUACCAGCCGGGGGCCUUCGCUACGCUGACGACAGAGUCCUUGUGGUGCGACAUCGCUUUGGACCGAAACCCUGGCGCUUUGCCCCGAAUGUUGCGGGAUUUGUGGGGAAAACCUUUGCGCUACUUGCGCUUCCGCAAUCUCUUCGAGUUCACUUAUUACAACCACCCGGCGGACAUCUUUUCCAACCUGGAGCGUGUCGACGCCCGCGAGCUGGUCUUCUUCCGGGGGAAAUUCAACGAGAACUUGCUCCGUUUGAUCCUCCUCAACGUCCAGAAGACCACCGUCCAGGACCUCUCCUUCAUCUCCAUCGAUUUCGCUCGGUCGCCACAACGGGCCAAGCCGGACGUCGGCAUCGCCAACUUGACCUUAAGGAGCUUAGUGCUGAAGGAUAUCAGCAACCCGGACAUUCUGCGCUUCGACUGGACCUUCACGUGGUUCUCCGGCGUGAGCUUCUUGUCCGUACUCAACGUCAACUUCAACUUCGUCCCGUGUGACGCCUGGAAGGAGAUGCGCAACGUCGCCGCGCUCAACAUCUCCAACAACCGGCUUCUCGACGAGUAUAUCUACAACGAGUUAUGCUCCUACGUGGACAUCGUGCCCAAAUUGGAAGAGUUCAACGUGAGCUACAACCGAGUGACCCGACUCCGAACUGUGUCGCGACUGACCGCCGCUUGGCCACGUUUGUCCGUCUUGGAUUUGAGCCACAACCAAAUCGGCAACGACGAUAAUUCGCCGUGCCGUUGGAGCCCAACACUCGUUUGGUUGGGUUUGGCCUACAACGCGGUGACCACGAUGGAGAUAUUCCGGUGUUUGCCCGUCACGUUGCGCUUCCUCGAUCUCUCGCAUUCGCAACUGGAGCGGCUCGAAUUGAGUUAUUUCGAAGCGGCCGUCGACCUCCGAGAACUGCGUUUGAGCGGCAACAAGCUCAAGUUCAUCCCGACCGCGUGGAAAGGCCCGAGUCUGGAAGUCCUAACCGUGGACGGAAACUCCUUCGGGGCCAUCGGGCGAGGAUCCUUCGCCAACAUGCCGCGGUUGUCGCGACUCCAGGCCGGCAACAAUCCCUAUCACUGCGUCUGCGAGUUGCACAGUUUCCUCCGGGAGGCUCUUUCCAAGGGGAAGCUGACCAUCACGGAUUGGCCGGAGAACUGGACGUGCUACCACCCCGAACGGCUCCUGGACACGCCGGUGGCGGAUUACGCCCCGUGGGUCACCGAGUGCGACGUCACGGUCGUGGUGGCCAUCACGGUCUCGGUCACGGCCGCCGUGGUGGGGGCCGCCACGUUGCUGUGUUGGCGCUUCGACGUCCCGUGGUACCUGCGGGCCACGUUCCGCAUCGUCCGGUCCAAGUACCGCUCCGGCCACCCGUCCGGCCAGCCUUCGCGCCGCUUCACUUACCACGCCUUCGUCUCCUACAGCCACUCGGACGCCGACUGGGUGCGGAAGGAGCUGCUGCUGCGGCUGGAGGCCACCCGGCCACCCUACCGGCUCUGCGUCCACGAGCGGGACUUCACCCCCGGCCGGUGGGUCAUCGACAACAUCGUGGACAGCAUCGAGCGCAGCCGCAAGGUGGUCUUCGUGCUCUCCCGCAGCUUCGUGGACAGCGACUGGUGCAACUACGAGCUCUACUUCGCCCACCAGCGGGCCGUGGGCUUGGGGUUCGAGGACGUGGUGCUGGUGGUCAAGGAGGCCGUCGACCCCCAGGCCCUGCCCCGCAAGUUCUGCAAGCUGCGCAAGCUGCUCAGCGCCAAGACCUACCUGGAGUGGCCGGCCGAGCCCGGGAGACAGGCCUUCUUCUGGGCACAGCUGGCCGCCGUCCUGGGAAAGGCCGAGAAGGGCGUCCAGCGGCCGGAGGGAGAGGCCGCGGCCGGACAGACACCCGAGGGGCAGCCGGGGGGCGGAGGCAGCAGCGCAGUGGACGCUCCCGCCAGUUAGGCCAGGCUCAAGUUAGGCUAGACUUAAUCUAGAACGACAUUGCUAUCAGUGAGCGCCUUGAGAUGGAGCCUGUGG